AUGGGUUAUAUCGAUGGAAAAUGGGCACCGCUGAUCAUGAUGACUGUGAUCCACAUGAUUAAUGGGAUGGUUAACGCUUUGAUUAAGAAAGUUCUUGAUGGAGGCAUUAAUCAUAUGGUUAUUGCUACCUAUCGUUUGGGUAUUUCCACCUUUUUCCUUCUUCCGAUCGCUUAUUUUUGGGAACGGAAAACAAGGCCAAAACUUACCAUAAGCAUUUCGUGCCAGCUUUUCAUCAGUGCUCUUUUUGGGGCGAGCUUGGUACUAUAUUUCUACUUACUCGGACUCUCCUAUACUUCUGCCACAUUGGGAUCUGCCUUCACGGCGAUAAUGCCUGCCCUUACUUUCAUUAUGGCUUUGAUAUUUAGGUUCGAAAAGCUAAAUAUGAAAACAAAAGUGGGAUAUUGCAUCGUUCUUGGAACUAUGAUAAGCUUAGGAGGAGCUUUAGUUCUUACGAUGUACCAAGGCAUUCCGUUAACAAACUCUCAAGAACAAGCAUCGACUUUAAACCAUCUCACAAAACAUGCGCAUUGGACCAAAGGUUGUAUAUUUUUAUUCAUAUCAGUUAUGUUUUUCAGUUCUUGGAUGCUUAUACAAGCCAAAGUCAACGUGAAUUACCCUUGUCCAUACUCGAGCACCGUUAUUUUAUCUGCUUUCGGUACGCUUCAAUGCGCCCUUCUUAGCUUGAUCAAGACUAGAAAUGUGGAAGAAUGGAUCCUCAAAGACAGACUCACCAUCAUCACUAUCAUUAUAGCGGGAGUGGUUGCACAAGGAAUGUGUACGGUGGGAAUAUCAUGGUGUAUUAAACAACGAGGACCUGUCUUUACCUCAGCAUUUACUCCUGUCAUGCUUAUGUCUGCAACCUUGUUCGAUUUCUUGAUAUUUCAUCGUAUGAUUUAUUUGGGAAGCAUAAUCGGAUCUGUGGUGGUGGUGAUCGGUUUAUACGUAUUUUUAUGGAGCAAGAGCAAACAAAUAGAUGAUUGUGAGAUCAAUAAGUUACCCACAAAUACCGUGGAAGCAGGAAAGGAAGAGGAAGAUCAUACAAAUGUUAACAAAUUAGGCAAUCUUUUGGUUAUCCCCAUGACUCCUUGA